GGACCCUUUCUCCUGUUGGGCUUUCUUACAUGUAUUCCUCAGCCUACACUGUGUCUCGCAUGCAACAAAGUGAUUCCUAUCUCCUAUACAUCGCAGUACUGUGAAUUUCCCUGCGUUGAAAGCCACCAUCCCCCCGGCUAUCCUGCACCGUGCCAGAUCCCGCUUUGUUUUGAUAUGCACCGAUCUGUUUACAGUGCCCCACCCGUUCAUUAAACUACCCCGAAACUCCCUAUUACUACAACAGUCUUCUCAAACAGCGAGUGAUCAAUGAAUUUCUGGUGAAGAGGAUAUAUUCUUUACUGCGGAUAGUUUCUCUCGUUCAAACAUCCCCGAGGGUAUGUGGUGUAUCGCCAAACAUUUCGUCCAUCCUCAGCACCACCCCGGCCAUCCGAAUCGAACCGCAAUUCGACCACACGAACGAUGAGCAACAGUUUGGAGGCUAAGAUUGUAGUCUUAGGCUCCCAAGGCGUUGGCAAAACCUCCCUCGUCCACCGAUAUGUCAAAGGCGCCUUCUCCCCGCCUGGGACCGCAUCAACAAUCGGCGCAUCCUUCUUGACGAAGCGAGUAGUCGACGUCGAUUCGCAAGCAGUGGUACGCCUACAAAUAUGGGACACCGCCGGCCAGGAGCGCUUCCGAAGCAUCAGCAAACUAUACUAUAGAGGCGCCAACGCCGCCGUCCUCUGCUACGACAUCACCUCCCCCUCCUCCUUCGCCGAAAUGGGCCGCUGGCUCCUCGAACUGCGCGAAAACCUCCACCCCUCCACCAUCAUCCACGUCGUCGGCACUAAAGCCGACGUCGUCGCCGAACACCCGUCCCAGCGCGCCGUCCCCUUCGAGCGCUGCAUCGCCUAUGUCGCGGAACAUCUCUACCCCUCGCAACCGCCUUUACAAAACGGCACGCUCCUCACUACGCCAGCAGGUGGCGUGUCGCAUACACCCCCGCUCACGGCACACGGGCUCCCCGGGCCAUCUCUCCCCGCGGGGCAAUCGCGCGCCAACCACGCUCCGCUCCCUACCCCUCCCUCUAAUCGCUCCAGCACCCACAACCUCUGGACCACCGACGUGGGCUGGGACUCCUGCCACGAGAUCAGCGCACUCACCGGCGAAGGCGUCGACGAGGUAUUCCGGGUGAUCACUCGGCGGCUAGUCGAGCAGCAGCAGGCGGCGGAGGCGGCGCAGCUGGGGUUGGAGGGGUAUAGUGGGGCGGGGGGGUAUUUCGACUGCGAGCCUGGGGGGGAGGAGGGGGGCGGGAGUUUUCGGGUGGGGUAUGGGGAUAAGCGACGGAGUUGGUUGGGGUUGCCGGGCAUUGCGCCGGGAGGUGGGGAUGGGGCGGAAGGUGGGGAGGAGGUGAGGAGGUGGGAUGGGGAGGUGAGGGCACGGAGAGGGGAGAGGGGUGGGAGGUGUUGUUGAUGGGUAGGAAGGGGUGAUGCGGGGAAUGGAGCUGGUUUCGCGGAGGUAAAUCAUGUGCAGGGCUACCUGUUUUCGGUCACGGUCUGAUACUUCCCAUUUGGCAUACGGAGACUCGGUCCGCCGGGAUGGCGGGGUAUAUUUCAUCGUCAGGCGCUAUCCAUGGCAUCGCGAGGG